CCACGCCCUGGCCGUGCUCUGAUUGGUCUUUUAAAUUUGCAUACGGUGUUGUGAAUGGCUGGACAGAACGCAAACACAUUCUGAACCCGCCCUCUUGGCCUAACAUUCGAUAAACAACCGGCGGUGUCGCCUGAGCGGGCGGCCGAGUAUUAUCGCCUCCACUGCGGGCUAGCGGGGCCGCGGCGGCGGCGGUUUGUGUUUUCAAACGAGGACAGCACCACCGGGGAUUAUGGAGGGGACGUGUCCCUUCGUGGAGGACAGUUUCAGCCGCUUUUCCUCACAGAGCAACAUCUACGGGCUGUGCGCGGCGGGCGGACGGGACCUGCUCGCCGCUACUCUUAAAGGCAAAGUCAUCUGCUUCAAAUAUCAGGACCUCCGACAGAAAAUCCGUCCGGUUGCCAAGGAAGUCCAGUUUACCUACAUCCCGGUGGACGCAGAGAUCGUUUCCAUCGACGCGUUUCACAAAUCGCCCCCCAAGCGAGGGCUGGGUGGGAUCACUUUUAUCAAGGACUCGGGUGACAAGGCCAGCCAUUUCCUCAAUAUCUACUGUGACUACGAACCCGGUCCCGAAUACAACCUGGACUCCAUUGCACAGAGCUGUUUGAAUCUGGAGCUUCAAUUCACCCCUUUUCAGCUCUAUCAUGCAGAAGUUCAAUGCGAGGGGGGGAUUGAAACUGUGUUCUUGCUGAGUGGACAUGACCAGAGGAUUCACCUGUACAAAGAGAAUGCUUCUCUGCACCAGUUUGAGGAGCAGCCGGUGGAGAGUCUGUUCCCAGAAUUGCAGGACCUGCCCAGCAACUUGCUGUGGAUGGACGUGGUCUCUGUCCCCGGCUCCUCCCGCAGGAUCACUGCAUUCGGCUGCCAGAGUGGCUGCGUGGGCGUGGCACUCGUGGACCAGGAGAGACACGAGGUUCUGCAGAGCUGGCGGGUCCAGCAGGAUGGUCCGAUCUCCACCGUGCUGCUCUUCACCCUCCAAGAGCAGAACCAGACUGCACCCGGCUCGGGGGAGCCGCCCUUCAACCUGCUGGUCACCAGCACCAUGGAGAUGGCUGUGGUGUACCGGGACGUGCUGUCCCGGGGUCUCCGCUCCCAGGCGCUGCUCCCGGACAGCGAGCUUCACGACUCUGUGCUCUGCGCCCUUGUGACUGACCUGGACUUCGACGGGGAGCCAGAGGUGCUGCUGGGGACCUACGGGCAGGAACUGCUCUGCUACAAGUUCCUGUUUCCUGAGGAGAGGGGGCGUGGCCUGGAGGAGCCAGGGGGGCGGUUCGAGCUGGUAUGGAGGCGGAGCUUCCAGAGCCCCCUGCUGUCAAUCAACUAUGUGGACCUGACGUGUGACGGGCUGUGUGAGCUGGCGGUCAUAUCACUGAAGGGUUUUACAUGUGCUACAGGUUUUCAACCCAAAAGCUGGCUUGGUCGGACCACCUGGUAA